AUGGGGGUUUACUACAAGGGCACCUGCCCUCUGACCCCUCGGGCCCUGACCCAUCACCAGCCGCAGGUCUGCUGGACUGGCUCUCUUGGGCCAGAGCAGAGCCCCGUACGUGACAAUGGGACGGAUGAAUGGCCAGACUUCCAGAGACGGUCAUUUUUCAGAAACACUUGGGAGGUUUUCGAGGGAAUUCUGUGGCUGUCACUCUUGGAGUUAUUCCUGAACGAUGACUUUGACCCGGGGCUCUAUGUGAACCCCUGGUCACCCAGCCCCUCCAACCCCUGGUCACCCAGCUGCUAUCCCCCCCCCUCCCCCAGCCCCUCCAACCCCUGGUCACCCAGCUGCUAUCCCCCCACCUCCCCCAGCCCCUCCAACCCCUGGUCACCCAGCUGCUAUCCCCACCUCCCCCAGCCCCUCCAACCCCUGGUCACCCAGCUGCUAUCCCCCACCUCCCCCAGCCCCUCCAACCCCUGGUCACCCAGCUGCUAUCCCCCCUCCCCCUGCCCCUCCAACCCCUGGUCACCCAGCUGCUAUCCCCCACCUCCCCCAGCCCCUCCAACCCCUGGUCACCCAGCUGCUAUCCCCCACCUCCCCCAGCCCCUCCAACCCCUGGUCACCCAGCUGCUAUCCCCCACCUCCCCCAGCCCCUCUAACCCCUGGUCACCCAGCUGCUAUCCCCCACCUCCCCCAGCCCCUCUAACCCCUGGUCACCCAGCUGCUAUCCCCCCCCUCCCCCAGCCCCUCCAACCCCUGGUCACCCAGCUGCUAUCCCCCACCUCCCCAGCCCCUCCAACCCCUGGUCACCCAGCUGCUAUCCCCCACCUCCCCCAGCCCCUCCAACCCCUGGUCACCCAGCUGCUAUCCCCCACCUCCCCCAGCCCCUCCAACCCCUGCCCCUCCAACCCCUGGUCACCCAGCUGCUAUCCCCCACCUCCCCCAGCCCCUCCAACCCCUGGUCACCCAGCUGCUAUCCCCCACCUCCCCCAGCCCCUCCAACCCCUGGUCACCCAGCUGCUAUCCCCCACCUCCCCCAGCCCCUCUAACCCCUGGUCACCCAGCUGCUAUCCCCCACCUCCCCAGCCCCUCCAACCCCUGGUCACCCAGCUGCUAUCCCCCACCUCCCCCAGCCCCUCCAACCCCUGGUCACCCAGCUGCUAUCCCCCACCUCCCCCAGCCCCUCCAACCCCUGGUCACCCAGCUGCUAUCCCCCACCUCCCCCAGCCCCUCCAACCCCUGGUCACCCAGCUGCUAUCCCCACCUCCCCCAGUCCCUCCAACCCCUGGUCACCCAGCUGCUAUCCUCCACCUCCCCCAGUCCCUCCAACCCCUGGUCACCCAGCUGCUAUCCUCCACCUCCCCCAGCCCCUCCAACCCCUGGUCACCCAGCUGCUAUCCUCCACCUCCCCCAGUCCCUCCAACCCCUGGUCACCCAGCUGCUAUCCUCCACCUCCCCCAGUCCCUCCAACCCCUGGUCACCCAGCUGCUAUCCCCCACCUCCCCCAGCCCCUCCAACCCCUGGUCACCCAGCUGCUAUCCUCCACCUCCCCCAGUCCCUCCAACCCCUGGUCACCCAGCUGCUAUCCUCCACCUCCCCCAGCCCCUCCAACCCCUGGUCACCCAGCUGCUAUCCUCCACCUCCCCCAGCCCCUCUAACCCCUGGUCACCCAGCUGCUAUCCCCCACCUCCCCCAGCCCCUCCAACCCCUGGUCACCCAGCUGCUAUCCCCCACCUCCCCCAGCCCCUCCAACCCGUAGUCACCCUGUUGCCGCCCCCAUCGCCCCCAGCCCCUCCAACCCCUCUGCCCUCCCAGCCCCUCUGCCCCAUCCAGCCCUCCAGCCCCUUCUCCUGCCGGCCCCUGAUGUAA